AUGGCAACUGGAGCCCCAAUGCCUCGACCUCCUCCCCUCCCCUCCUCAGCUACCACCCCUACUCCCCCCACACCCCCAGUGGGGAAUAUCUGCGGUACUAGUCUUGCUGGAACAAAUUUAUGUGGCCGGAGCAUAAUCAACCAAAAUGGGAAUGAUUUGGCUAUGCAUGGACAAGUAACCAGUCCGCUGGGUCAUCCGAACAAUGCAUUCCAGCUUCUACCAUGGCAACUACCUUCCGGCUUUCCAAACCCACCGCCGUCUUCCGGAUCUCUUUCACCGCCUCUUCUCUCCGCCGGGAUGAUUACUUCGCCCCACGCCAACUGUCUCAGUACAACAUCAUUGUCGGCUAGUCUUCCACCCUGGUCCCCACACCUGCCAACCUCAGGCCUGCUACCUUCACCAAACACAACACAUCCAUUCCUGCACACAGGUUUGCUGCCAUGGCACCUGAACAGUUUGCCACCCCCACAUGCCCUUCAAUUCCCCGGGCCUGGAGCUUCACUCACCUCUACCCCUUCCGGUCUCCCAUUCUCCUCUCCUCCAGACACAAUAGUCCAGCCUCCGACUGACCUUCUCAUCGCCUCAUCUUCGACCAUCUCUUCGCCGCAGUCUGAGCUCACCACCACCGAAGUUCGACCAGACUGUCCAUCCCAACGAAUAAUCCAGGCUCCGUUAUCCUGUCCACAACCGGUCUCGUCGAGGUCGCAGCACAUCUCGUUGUCGCCAGACUCCCUCGUCGGUCUCGAUGUUGCCUUGCCUCCGACCGAGCUGAGCUGCUGGGCUCUGACGAGGGCACUCAGACUCUCGGGUCUUGGCAGAGAGGCUGCCGCCAACGCUGCUCUCCUCCUCGACACAGCCAAUAGAGGCUUUUUCCCCCGAGUCGCCAACGACUCGAGCUUCGUCACCUCCGGUCUCGAGGCUGUCGGUGCCAUGGAAGAUUUGGAAAUUCUUGCUCGAACUGGCCCAAGAGACCGACACGAGUUGAGGCAGUCCUCUAGACUCUGCAAAGAUGUCACUGUUGCCAAUGCACUUAUUGCCUCUCCAAUCGCAUCCACAUUAUCCAAUUUAGAGGUGAAGUAUGGCAACAAGGCGGUUUUCAAUUCAAACACCAGCGACGACUCCAACUCAAGCAUUACUGAGCAGGCAAAUGCAAAAGCGACGGCCGAUUUGAUGGCAGAGCCAGACAAUGAAGACGAUGCCUAUUCCGAAGGCUACGAAGAGAGAGAAAACAGUACCGAGGUGAUCUCGCUGGAAGAAGAUGAUAGGCAGAAUCACCAUGGCAACAAUGGAAGCGGCGAUAUCGAAGAUUACGUAAUCACGACGUGCCCCAGUAGAAGCCUUCAAGAAGACCUUCAUACUUCGGAAACUACAGCGCUAAGUAAGAAAGCGGGCCUAGACAGGUGCACUCAACGCGACAAAGAGGUCUUUUGCAGUAGCGAGGCUGGAGCAAAGUCGGGUACUUGGGCUUCAUCUGGAGAUGAAGGCAUUUUGACAUGCACUAUGUUGCCAGGACGGAUACAGGCAAUCCAGACCACGACCAACAGUUUCCCUUCACACAGACCUCCCCUAACAGCCACAUGUCUAUAA